AUGUUGGCUAUGGCUACCACUUUACCAACCUCAACUACAAAUACAAGAACUGCCAGUGAGCAAGCGGACCACAGUGGAGAACACAAACUCAAGGCUCCGAUACCGAGGAUGACAAAUACGACUGCUACUACUGCCAGUACUAGUAAUUCGAGUAAACCUGCGGCAUCUCUCGUGCAACAUCACCAACCCUUUGUCUCUUCUCCGACUCCUACUUCUUCAAAUUCUCAUGUCACUUUACCUCCAAUUUCUUCGUUCGAUAAUCUCAUAAAGGCUGCAGAGAAACAAUACUCAAAUAACACAAAUACAAACAGCAGUCAGAUCUCCACUCCGAUGAACGGGCCCAGUCCAUCUUUUCUCAGUUAUCAGUUGUCGCCUACAGAAGCUAGUUCUAGUCCAACUGUACCCAGGUCUGUCGUGCAACGGCCUUCUUCCGUCGUCUCAAACUCAUCGUCCAGUUCAUCUUCUUUUUCGCCAAGAGGUUCGCUUUCUAUGACAACGUCUAGCUUUGAACAUUCACUGUCCCCUAUACUCGCUACUGCUCCGUCGAAUCACCUGCCCAGCAGUAGGACGGAUCCUCUGUCUAGCAGUAGCCAACCCUAUGUCAAUAAGAUACACAAACCAAGAAAGAAGAAACAGUGUCCCAUCUGUCACAAUUUCUAUGCCAACCUAUCAACACAUAAGUCUACCCAUUUGACCCCAGAGGAUCGUCCACAUAAGUGUCCCAUUUGUCGGCGUGGGUUCGCAAGAAAUAAUGAUUUGAUCAGACAUAAGAAAAGGCACUGGAAGGAUGAGAUACUUGAGAACAACAGCUCGGUAGAAAAUUCAGAUGCAGAUGAACAUGUAAGUAGUCACCAGCAUCUGGAUGAACACGACCAAUUAAAAUCUCUACAUCAGAUCAAAGGGACGUUUAAAUGUCCUUUCAAUGCAGCUUUGAUUCAACUGGAUAUGGAGAUUUACCCAUACAAAUCCAAACCUUUGAAUUUCGAAACUUCAAGUUGUCACCAAACUGGCGUUUUCUCCCGUUGUGAUACCUUCAAGAAUCAUUUAAAGGCGCUCCACUUUGAGUACCCACCAGGGACAAAGAAAAGGGAUAGAACGGUAGUGGCCGGCAGGUGUAAACAUUGCGGCAUAAAAUUCGCGAAUGUUGAUACUUGGUUAAACGAACAUGUAGGUAAGACUUGCGGUUACACGUAUCAUUAG